CUGCUAAAUCUAUUCCGAAGCUGAGGGCAGACAACCAGUACAAGGGAAGUGUGGCUUCUUUAAAUGGACAUCUGUUCUUGCGGUAUGGCCCAGAUAUCCAGUAGCAAUGGAUUUAAACAGCGCUCAUCACCUUCUUUGGCAGCAGCAAGGUCAAAAGAUGUGGACAAGGAGGAGGCGUUGCAGAUGGAAGCUGAGGCAUUAGCUAAGAUGCAGAAAGAAAGAGGUGUAGCUGGUAAUAAACAAACUUUUCAUUCUUUAAGCAGCACCAGACAAAACGCACAGACUCAUAACAAACAGGACCAUGAUCUCAUGGUGUUUCCAGAGUCUGAUACCAAAAGCAUGGAAGAUAAACUAAGUACCAUUGACAUAGAGAAGCUUACUCACGCUGAACUAGAGAAACUGCUGCUGGAUGACAGUUUUGAAUCUAGUAAAGUACCUACGUUACCAGUAAGUCCUGUUUUGAGCUCAUCUGUGUCUUCACAAUUUUAUCUUGGGCCUACGGGUCAGAGGAGACAGUGGGCACCUGGGAUACCAGCACCUGUGACAUGCACUUUACCUACUAUUUACCCCUCAGCUUCUUACACAAAACAGACUGGUGUAUUUCAGAAUGGAUUCCACCCAAGUAUGUCCUCCUAUCGCUCUAGAGAACCUAUUUAUCUUGGUCUUCCAAGACAGUCGCAAUACAUUUCAUACCCAUUGGCAGCUACUACACCUUUCCAUCCACAAGGAAGCCUACCUAUGUAUCGUCCAGUACUUACACCAGAAAUGGCAAAAGUGUUUGACAAAAUUGCAAGCACCUCGGAAUUUCUGAAAAAUGGGAAGUCAAGCACGGACUUAGAAAUGACUGCUAUAAAGUCUGCAGUUUCUAACCUACCAGCCUCAGAAAGCUGCAGGGAUGUUAGUAAAUUUGAUUGGUUGGAUUUGGAUCCCCUAAGUAAACCAAAAGUGGAUACUGUGGAGACGUUAAAUACAGCAGAGAAUGAUGGAGAGAGGGCUUCAAGUAUGACUGCUGAAGAUCCAUGGGAUGCUGUGCUGUUAGAAGAAAAGUUGUUAGUAACUUGUCAUCUGGAAAGAAAAGUUAAUGGGAAAUCUUCUGGAGCAACAGUUACAAGGAGCCAGUCCUUAAACAUGCGAACAACUCAACUUUCAAAGUUGCAAGGCCAAACAUCACAGAAAGACAAUGGGACCACUGGCAUGCUGACAGAAAACGUGCUUCUCCAAGAAAUUGAAGGGCAGAAUCAAGAACUGUCAGCUUUUUCUCAAGCAGUUACGAAAUUGAGGACCAAGUUUCCUUAUGCUAAUCAGCAAACAAACCCAGGCUUUGUGCUGAGUCCAGUCAUGCUGCAAAGAAAUAUAAGUGGGGAGACUGCCAGUAUCAAGGUUUCUAUAGAAAUCGAAGAAUUCCAGCAACCAGUAACUUUUACGUGUGAUGUGAGUUCCCCUGUUGAGCUUAUAAUAAUGCAGGCGCUUUGCUGGGUGCAUGAUGACUUGAACGAAGUGGACAUUGACAGCUAUAUCCUGAAAGUCUGUGGCCAAGAAGAAGUUUUACAGAAUAAGCACUGCGUAGGAAGUCAUGAAUACAUUCAGAAUUGUCGGAAGUGGGACACAGAAAUCAAACUGCAGCUCUUGACCCAUAGUGGAAUAUGCAGAGAUCUGGCACGAACAGAAGAUGAUGACAGAACACCCAUACAUCUAACCAAACACCUCUACAAAGUAGAAAAGCCUUUCAGAGAACCUAUUAUAAGGUCUUCCAUUGAAGAGCUUCUUGAUACGUAUCACAAGCAAGUUAACAUAGCUCUUAAAAAUGAGAACCAGCAUAAAGCAGUAGAUCACGUAAUUAAGACUGUCAGAAAAAUCUGUUCUACACUGGAUUGCGUAGAGACUUCUGCAAUAACGGAAUCGGUAAAGAAGCUACGGAGGGCUGUUAAUCUUCCAAGGACUAAAAAUGCUGAG